AUGCGAGUCGAUAUGGAUCCUGCCUCCAUUUUUGAGGAUGCACUUAAAGGUCUUGCAACUAAGGAUUUCGAUAACGGAAAUGCUAAACCAUGUGACAGUCUACAAACGUCAGUUAAUGGUUCUAGUGACUUUCUAAAACCUGAAUCUUACAUCACGUAUCCCGACAAUCCACAAUUACCUUUCAUACAAAAUACUCAAAAGGCUUCAGAAGAAGCUCCUAGUGCUUCUCAAAAUGACAUCAUCCUCAGUGCUCUCAUAAAUGCUGGGAUUGCUCCAUCCUCUUUAAAACCUCAAGAAGUUUACUCUAAUACUCCUUCAGUUUCAGUUACUGUGAAUCCAAACGUCAAAGUUCUCAAUGCUCAAGGUACUACCAUACUGAGGGUUGUUCCAUCAGGAAAUGGCAGCAAUUCACCAGUUCAGCAAGCAUAUCCUCCUCGAAUGGCUAGUCAGUUGUUAAAGAAGCCUUCUGAUAAUGGUCUUACAAUGUCUGGAAUUACUCACAUGCCAAAUAUCAUACGGAAAAGGCCUCCUUCGCUUGUCGAAACUAGUCAGCCUUUUUCGAAAAUCAGACGUGUACUUAACCAUGGCCCAGUAGAUAAAGACGUUAGCCAUCAGAUCACAGCAUUUUCUGGUAUGGGUACUGUCCCAACUAGCUCAAGUAAAUGGUAUGAGGCUCCUAAUGUUUCACGACCAUCCUUGCCUCCUCACUGCGUUCGGGUACCUAGUCACACUCAAAUGACUCCCAGAUCAUACCCGUUGAUAAAACGAGAUGAAGAUAUGGAUGAAGAUGAAGAUUUAGCUCAAGCUGAAACGUAUGCUGACUAUAUUCCGUCAAAACUGAAUUAUGGACAAAAGCAUCCAGAUCCUGUUGUCGAGUCGAGUUCCUUGUCCAGUGUCUCUCCUCCAGAUAUUCAUUAUCGCCUGAUUCUUCCGGAUGAAGUUAUCGAGCGGGCGUAUCUUUCAGCUUUGCAACUGGAAGCAGUGGUGUACGCCUGUCAACGUCAUGAGUGUAUCUUACCGAAUGGUCAACGUGCUGGGUUUUUAAUUGGCGACGGGGCAGGUGUGGGAAAAGGUCGCACCAUUGCCGGAAUAUUAUAUGAAAAUUAUUUACGACAUCGUAAGAAGGCCAUUUGGCUCUCAGUUUCAAAUGAUUUGAAGGUCGAUGCUGAACGCGAUCUGCGUGACGUGGGCUUGGGAAAGAUCAAGGUUCAUUCCUUAAACAAGUUUAAAUAUGCUCGUAUUUCUGGUAAAACUAAUGGACGUGUAAAAAAAGGUGUUAUUUUUUCUACUUAUUCUUCAUUGAUUGGUGAAAGUCAAGGUAGUGCAAAAGCAAAAUAUAAAACUCGAUUAAAACAACUUGUUCAUUGGUGUGGGAAAAAAUUCGAUGGUGUUAUUGUGUUUGACGAAUGUCAUCGAGCUAAAAAUUUAACUCCUAGUGGUUCUCAAAAACCUACAAAAACCGGUCUAACUGUACUUGAAUUACAAAACAAACUACCAAAUGCUCGGAUUGUUUAUGCCAGUGCAACAGGUGCCACUGAACCUCGUAACAUGGCUUAUAUGACGCGUCUGGGACUGUGGGGUGAUGGGACGCCAUUUAAAACAUUUAAUUCAUUCAUCCAAACACUUGAGCGACGGGGUGUUGGUGCUAUGGAAUUGGUUGCUAUGGACAUGAAACUACGUGGAAUGUAUAUUGCACGGCAGCUCAGUUUUCAUGGUGUGAAUUUCAGCAUUAAUGAAGUACUAAUAGAGAACGUCAAAUUAGGCCAUGAAAGCUUUAUUCAUGUAUAUAAUCAGUCAACUGACCUGUGGGUGUAUGCAUAUCGCUUCUUCUCAGAAGCGUCGCGUUUAUUAGAUCUAAGUGAUCGUUAUCGUAAAACUAUGUGGGGACAGUUUUGGUCUGCUCACCAACGAUUCUUCAAGUAUCUUUGCAUUGCUGCCAAAGUGGAAAAAUGUGUUGAAAUUGCUAAAACUGCUGUUGAUGAGGGUAAAUGUGUUGUCAUUGGUCUUCAGUCUACUGGUGAGGCCAAAACUCUAGAACAAGUUGAAGAAUAUGGUUUAGAUUUAGGUGAAUUCGUCUCAACUGCUAAGGGCGUGUUCCAGUGUCUGGUUGAAAAGUAUUUUCCAACACCAACAAAUGUUGAUAAUUUCUCUCUUCGAGGCGAUAAACUAGCAUCGGCAGGUGAUCGCAGCUCUAAUACAACUCUCAAUAGAGCAGGACGCGCAAUAGCUGCUGGUCAAGGAAGUGGUCUUGGUUUGAAAGAUAUUUUGGGUGAAAAAAUGCUUGCGAAGCUAGUUGCUGGUGGUAGUUUAUCUGGAUCGAAAUUGAAUGAUGAUUAUGAAAAUUCCAGUAAAGUUGACGGUGUAGGAUCUGAUUCUGAUGACGAUGAUGGUAAUGAACAUUCUGAUGAGUCAGAUGAUGAUGAUUCUGAUUUGAAUAAUCCUCAAAAAGCUAAUGGCUGUAACCUAUCAGAUGGAAAUUCAUCAUCUGAUUAUUACGAUUCCGACCUGGAAGUGAAUUCACCAAACAACAAUUCCAGUCGAAAUAGAUCAAAAAAGUCGAAUUCUUCUAAAAAGCAGUCUCAUUCUGGCAAACGUAAACAAAAGUAUAACCGAGCUGGUGGUUCACCGAAUUGCUUGUCAGAUGAUUCGGACGAAGAUUGGGAUCCGGACGCGUUAUUUGACAGCUUUCUAGCUCGCAACAUGACUCUGUCCAAUUCGACCACUAACAGUGAUAUAACCAAGCGAUUCGAUGACAGCAAGCACUUUGGAGAUGAUAUUUGGGGUGAUGAGUUGACUCGUAAAUUAUCACAACAGUAUCUUAUGGGUCGCGGUUCAGGUGCAGCUAAUCAGUCGCUGAUUGCUAACAAUGAACUGAAGGUCUCUCCCGAAGAAGCUAAACGGCAAUGUACUGAAAUGCAAAGUUUACUUUUGCGUUUCAUUGAAAAGCUUGGUCCAAAGUUGCCUCCCAGCUCCCUUGAUGAGUUGAUUGACAAAUUGGGUGGACCCUCACGGGUUGCUGAGAUGACAGGUAGAAAGGGUCGUAUGGUGAUGGGGGAUGAUGGCCGCGUUUCUUAUGAAUCUCGUCGUGAAAGUGAUGUCAAUUUAGAACUACUUAAUCUUACAGAAAAACAACGCUUCAUGAAUGGUGAGAAACUCAUUGCUAUUAUCUCUGAGGCAGCCAGUAGUGGUAUCUCUCUUCAGGCGGACCGAAGGGCAUCUAAUCAACGCCGACGUGUUCACAUUACAUUGGAACUUCCGUGGAGUGCAGAUCGCGCAGUUCAACAAUUCGGUCGUACACACCGAUCCAACCAGGUUAGCGCUCCAAAAUAUAUCUUUCUGAUUUCCAAUUUGGCUGGUGAGCAGCGUUUCGCCUCUACAGUUGCUAAACGUUUGGAGUCUCUUGGUGCUCUGACACAUGGUGAUAGACGAGCUACAGAAACACGUGAUUUGUCUCAGUUCAAUCUCGAUACUAAACUCGGACGAGAAGCUUUAGAGUUAGUAUUACGUGCUUGUAUUUGGGGCGAUGAGGGCAUAGUUGAUCCUCCAAACGACUAUAUAACUGACACGCCUUUUGACGUUACUGUCGAUCGGGACAAUUUAAAUGCUCAGUCUUUUUUUAACGAUGUUAAAGCAAGUUUACAGGGUGUAGGUUUGGCUACUGGUCGAUGUCGUGAAAAGGAUAGUAAUCAAAUGUCUAAAUUUUUGAACCGCAUUUUAGGUAUACGUGUUCAUAUUCAAAAUGCACUCUUUCAAUACUUUUCGGACACAUUAGAAGAAGUUACCAGACGUGCUAAACGUGAUAAUCGUCUGGAUCUCGGAAUUUUGGAUCUUGGUACUUCUGGUCAGAAUUUGGAAAUAACAUGGACCAAAAGUUUUGAUACGUGGUUUUUAUCAGAAUCUACUCAAGUUCAUUUACACAAAGUAACUGCUGAACGCGGAUUACCAUGGUCGGGUGCUAUGGAAAUAUACACUCAGCAUGAUGGUGUAAAUGACGGUUUUUAUUUGCCCUCGGUUAUUAGUAACAAUAAAAUUGUUAUACCUGUUCUAGCUGUUUAUGUGAAAACUCGUACUACGCGAUCGACCAGUAAAUCCGAUUCGAAAUUAUAUCGUAUCUAUCGACCAAAUACUGGUAUGCAGGCACGACCAAUUGAACUCGAAAAGUUACAGGAACGAUAUACUCGCGUUUCUAAUCCUUCAGAUUGUCAAGAGCCUUGGAGCCGGAUAUUUAAAGAAAGUGCUAGACGUUGCAUUCAUAUGUUACUUCAUGGGUUUUGUUCAUCAACUAUCCAAAGUCGAACAUUAUGUGAAGUCGGUUUACGAACGCGUAAUUACUAUGUUCUUAGCGGGUCAGUGUUAAAUGUAUGGGCUAGAAUUGAACCUUUUCUUCAGCUGCGUUCAAAUUCUACUCGUUGUAUGCAAGUUGUACGUCUCAAGUCAAAGGAUGGGAAACGUAUUAUUGGAUCCCUUAUCCCUCAAGAAUGCGUCCAGGAUGUUUUGGCUUGCUUGUCACUACCUCCUGAAACAGAGCACACAUCUUCUAGUGAUAACUUGGAUAAAAAGUGUGGUUUGCCUCACAUGGAAGAAUCUUCAGGAAUUUCAAAUAAUUUUAAUUUAUCACCUCAUAUUCCAAACGUUCCUUGGCCUAGAGGUCAAACAUUCAGUGUAAACCCAACUCAGCAAUCUAGAUUAUACAGUGGUCGUCCACCUUCAUUUAUAAAUCAACGACCCAGUAAUAUUAUACGAAGAAAGAUCCCACCUCAUAAUCCUGGAAAUACGUACCGUGGUUCACUGUUUACUCAGAGUUCAUCUGAACAACGUCGUUUUGGCACACUACGAGAAACUUUAACCACUGAUUUAAGUUAUAUACCAAGUCAUUCCAAUGGUUAUCUAUCCACUACAUUAUCACAAUCUCAUGUAUCCAAUUCUUCUAAAGGUAUGAGUUCAAUGUACUCGAACACUUCUAUACACAAUUUUGGAUCUACUCGUUUAAAUUCUAAUACAAAAAUGGGUAGUCGAUUAAAUGCUGCUCUAUCAUUACCAUUACUCUCUGAUAAUCCUAAUAUUCAAUAUCAAACAUCAUGUUGUAGUAGUAGUAG